AUGAAUGGGAAAUGUCUGACAUGCAUGCAGCUUUUCAAUGAUAUGAAGCAUCCCAACGGGACAGAACCUUACCAGGCUCGUACGGCGGCUGAUCCCACAAAUGGGUGGCCGGCCACUCCUGAUGUCGACUCGAACACCAUUUCAGCGCAUGAGAGCACUGUCAUCGCGCCAUUUGACCUGAACAACUCUCACGCUGCUCGCAAACACCAUGAGGAGAUUCAGACGUUGUUGUCGAAGCUCAAGACUGCACAGGCUGACCUGAGAGCGAGCGAGACGAGGCUGAAGAGUGUGGAGGUCGAGAACAUGCAGCUCAAGGAGGGCUGUGUCAGGCUUCAGGCCGCCCUGAAGACUUCGAAUGAACAGCUCCAAGACGCUACCCAGCGCCUCCGUGUCGUGACUCAGGACAAAGCUCGUUUGGAGAUCUCUUAUGAAGAACUUAAGCAGAAGGCCUCGAAAGAGCCGACUCGAGUCGAAGAAGUGAUUGUGAAGUCAAACAUCGAAAACAAGUCUGGCUUCACAGAGAUCGAGAGGUUUCAGCAGGCAUUGCAGGCACAACAGGCAAAUCAGUUGCCGCAAGUGGAGCAAGCAGCAAUACAGCCCGAACAGCCAGCGCAGGAGGAGCAGAAAAGUCAGCAGACACUGGAGGAGCAGCAGCAAGAGCAGCAAGAGCAGGAAGCAGGGAGGAUAACUGGAGUUGGGCUGACUUUGGAGGCUCCUGCCAGAGGGAUCUUCCCUGUGGUCUCCUCAGUCACAGUAGGAGGUUCUGCGUUCGCUAGCAACAAGAUAUCCAAAGGAGAUAUUUUGGUCGCUGUCAAAGACUCAAGCAGGGCUUCUGAGUUCGUUCAGACCAGCGGGAAGUCGAUCGAUCAAACCUGCAAGCUGGUUCUGGGACCGGAAGGCACCGAUGUCACGCUCAAGUACCUUGAGAUGUUGAGGGGAUACGUUGAGUUCGAUUGUGUCUUGCGACGCGGAAACGUUGCAAGCAACAAUCAAGAGAUGGUUGUCAAGCUGGUGGAGGCGAAGUGGAUUCCUCUCGACGAGAUCUUGAACCCUGAGCCCAUCGACAGCGGAACUUUCAGCACCAUCGAGAAGGCGAUCUGGAGAGGUCGCCACGUUGCUGUGAAGCGAGUGAGCAGAGACAGCUUCCGCACCGUCAACAACCAGCUUGAAGGGAGUGUCGCUCAAGUUCUCCGCGGCGUCAUGCUGGAGCUUGACAUCGUGACCAUGCUUGAGCAUCCCUGCGUCUGUCAAUAUUACGGCACUGUGGCUCACUUUCCUCCCGAUGGGGGCGACAUGCAACUUGGUCUUGUGUUCGCGCUCUGUGCUGGGAACCUACACAAUGCUCUGCAUCCGCCGUCAGGGAAAGCAGACUUGUCUUUGGACUUGAAGAUGGUGAUCGCAGCAGACAUCGCAGAGGGUGUCACUUACCUGCAUAGUCUGAACAUUAUCCAUCGGGACCUGAGCAGCCGAAACAUCUUGUUGAACAACGCCUCUCGAGCUCUGAUCGCAGACUUUGGAUGCGCUCGUAGGAUGACCAGCGAGUCUGGCUACAACUCAACCACCAUCUCCGGGAGCCCUGCCUACAUGCCGCCUGAACAGCUCACCGGGGCCACCUUGACCUUGAAGUCAGACGUCUUUGCCUACGGAGUUCUCCUCUGGGAGCUCCUCUCUGAGCAGGUCCCUCACGUCGACCUCAUGAACAACCUGGACAAGAUUCGAGCUCGCGUGACCCGUGGGGAUCGUCUCCUCCCGAUCUCCGAGGGCCUCCUGUCCAAGGAGCACACCUUCCGCUACAACGCCCUCAUCCGACGAGCGACAAACUCUAUCCCCAAGGCGAGGCCGAGCAUUGGGGAGAUGCGCGAGGCCCUGAAGGCUCUCUUUGACGAAUCCUGGUUUGAAGCCACGUGGGAGCGAGGGAGGAGCGACUUAGAGACUUCGCUGCGAGCGUUCUAUCAGGAAUACAACCCAGCCAAAGUAGUUGAUGCAUAUGCCGUGUCGGAGGAGUUCUUCGGCAAUGAGGCAGAGCUCAACAAGAAGCUGGUCGAUCGUUACAAACGAGGGCUGAGGUUGGCUGUGAGUUUCAGAUUUCUAGUGCGAGAAACGCUCUCCAUGUGUGUUGUAUAG